ACCUUGUUCUGGGUGGCGACGUAUAUCCACAAAUUAUUCUGUGCGGGCUUAAGAAGAACAUAUUAAACACACUUCUAGCCCAAGAAACAGUAUUUGGCUGGAUAAUAACGGGGCGAACUGAUACCACGAAUCCAGGAACGAAUAUCGUCUCAUACUACAGCGAAGUUAGUCUGGACAAGCAACUGAGUGCCUUUUUGGAGCUUGAAGAGAUUCCAAAGAACAAGAGCCUUGUUGAAGACGACAAGUACUGCGAGGAGCUGUAUCAGAAGACAACCAUACGAAAUAAUGAAGGAAAAUACAUCGUGUCACUACCAUUUAGGAAAGAUAUUCCAGGAAAUAUUUCCCUAGGCCCAUCCCUUAAAAGAGCAUGUUCUCAAUUUUACCGGAAUGAGACACGGCUGGCCAAGGAUCCCUACCUGCAAAAGGAAUUCAAUAGGGUUCUAGCGGAAUAUGAAACGCUUGGGCAUAUGUCGAAAAUAACAAAUCCCAUACCCGCAGACUCGUCUGAUAAUUAUUUUCUGCCGCACCACGCUGUUAUAAAGGCAGAAAGUACUUCAACGAAAGUACGCGUGGUGUUCAAUGCCUCAAGCCCAACGGCGAAUGGCAACAGCCUAAAUGAC